CUCUUCUCACAAUCAUUACUGCCACGCCUACCCCUCUAGAGGACCAGAGCGCCGAUAACGGGACGUUUCACGCGCUUGUUAGAUACGAAGUCAAGUGUAACGCGGGAGGUAACACCCUACCACGCUGCUACGAAGGAGGCUCGGCUGGCUGUAGCUGCUCUGGCAUUGGUAUCUACAACUGCCAAGGAUGAAGAGUGCAAAAGAUACUGCGGGUGCAGCAAAAUCACCCUACCCCAAUGCCCUCACUGCCCCUAAGUCAGAAUCACCAGGUGUCAGCUUCACCUCGCAUGAGGACUUCGACAUCUCCAUCAUCUGGCACAACUUGGAUUCUCGGAGCGACUUUCUCACGUUUCGCAAGGAGUCGCAGGGACCGAUUGAGCGCAUUCUGGUCGACUUUGCAAGAGUGCUGGAUAGUGGAAUGUUUGAGGUGUAUAGUGUGAAUGCGAGUAAGCAUCUAUUCUGUGUGACGGUGGCUUGUGAAAAGAAUAAAGAUGAGGGAGUCAUGGAUCUGGUGUUGAGUGUGCUCUAGGGCUGUUUGCGUUUGUUCCAGGCCUGUCUAACUUCGCAUGCCUGAUUGUCAUUCUUUUGGGAACUUGAAGUCUGUUAGCUUAUCCAUACAAAUCUACACGCUCG